AGGAACGAUGGUUGUGUGAGGGUUCCCAAGUGCCAGGGGGAAUUUUGACACAAAAGUGGUUUAUUCCAAAUUGUUGAUUGCAAAGACAGAGGGGAAAAUAUUACCAGCUGAGAUGAGGAUGGCCAGUUUGCGGUUCCGGGCCCGUCGGGCUACGCAGCCGGCAGAACAUAAACAGGAACAUGAGAAAGUGACAGAACAAGCAGAGGAGCCAGCUACCCACAUCCCUCCAGCACACCACCCCGGCCACCACAACUAUGACCACAUGAAGAAUAAGUUCAUGAACGAGAUUGGCCAUCUGCCAAUCCCUAUGUGGGCAGUUGGGGCCAUCGUCGUAGUGGUGUUGGUGUUAGUGGGAUGCUGCACUUUCUGCCUCUUCAAAAAAUGCUUUGGAAAAAAGAAAAAAACGAAGAAAGUGAGGGAGAGGAAGGCUGGCCGUCGGAGGAAGGCAGACGACGAAGGGGGAGGAGAGGGUGGCGAUAAGGAAGAGAAAGGUAAGAAAGAAGGGGAAGGAGUGGAGAAGGAACAGGAGAAGCUGGGAAAGCUGGAGUUCUCCUUGGACUACAACUUCACAGAUGCCCAGCUCAUAGUGGGUAUCCUCCAGGCUCAGGAUCUGGCUGCCAUGGAUAUGGGGGGUACCUCAGACCCCUAUGUCAAAGUCUACCUGCUCCCAGACAAAAAGAAGAAGCAUGAAACUAAGGUCCAGCGCAAGAAUCUGUGCCCGGUUUUCAACGAGACCUUCAUAUUCAAGAUCCCGUACACAGAGUUGGGAGGGAAGAUCCUGGUGUUGCAGGUCUUCGACUUUGACCGUUUCUCCAAGCAUGAUGUGAUUGGGGAGAUAAAGAUCCCCAUGAACAGUGUGGAUCUGGGACAACCAAUGCAAUGUUGGAGGGACCUGGAGAACAGUGAAAAAGAAGAGGCAGAGAAACUGGGUGAUGUCUGCAUUUCUUUGCGCUAUGUACCCACUGCUGGCAAACUUACUAUAAACAUCAUGGAGGCCAAGAACCUAAAGAAGAUGGAUGUUGGUGGCUUAUCAGAUCCAUUUGUGAAGAUUGUUCUGCAGCACAAUGGGAAACGAAUCAAGAAGAAAAAGACAACUGUCAAGAAGAACACACUCAAUCCUUACUUCAAUGAGAGCUUCAGCUUUGAGAUUCCCUUCGAGCAGAUCCAGAAAGUGCAGGUCGUCAUAACAGUGUAUGACUAUGACAAGCUUGGGAGUAACGACGCAAUCGGCAAGACCUUCAUGGGUUACGGUGCCACAGGAGUUGGUCUUAAACAUUGGUCGGAAAUGUUGGCUAAUCCCAGACGUCCAGUUGCUCAGUGGCAUGUCCUCUGCCCAGAGGUGGAAGUGGAUGCAGCUCUGAAGGUCCCACCUCGUUAAUGAUUUCCUUAAUAUCCUUGGAUCAUUCAAAAUGUUUUGGUAUGUCUUUCAGUAUUGUUAAGACCUCUUGGUUUGCUUGCCUCUUUUCUGUCAUCUCUUUUUGUCAUUCUUUUUUUGUUAAGUGUGUGUGUGCGCACAUCGCAGCGUGCAUUCAUGCAUACAUGAGCGCUCAUGUUUUUGUGUGUCUGAUUCCAUUUGAUGUUUUUAAAUGACCUCCAUUUGUUUCUAUGUUUAUUUAGUUGUUUUAUAAAACGUCACUCUUUUGGUUUCUAAAUGUAGAUAUAUGUAGAAAAUAUUUAUCUGUAAAAUGUGUGCCCUUGUUAUAAGGCCUUAUAGGCUACAGGCAAUCAGAUUAAGGAAUUCAAUUGGUUUUUGACUCAUUGACAAGCUUGCAUUUCACACAAAUAGACUACUUCUGAUUGUGUGAACUGCAUGUCUGUUAGUGGCAGUGGUUAUAAAUAAUUAGUGGCAGUGGUUAUAGUCAGAAUUAGCGUUGCAAUAUGUUUUGCUUGUUGGUCGUAAGGUACCGCAACCAUUUGCGUUAGUAAAGCAUUUAAAUGCAGUGUGAGGAUAUGUCAAUGUGCUAAAUAAUGCUCACAAUUUUGCCUAGUCAUAGAAAUAAUUUUGUUCAGUGACUUCAGUUAUACAAAAUAAAUGAUC